AGCCCGCGGCGAGUGAGGGAGCCCGCGGCGCCACGCUUGGAGGUGACCCCUCUGCCCCUCUGCUCACGGCACCGUUUCCUCUCCCUCAAAGCGAGCCGUGCGGCCGCCGGGUCGUCGCCCAACGCCACGGAGCCACAGCGGCACGAGGAGCGGGAGCCCGGGAGCCGCGAGGGCGAGCUCGUGCCGGGUCCUGACUACGAGGAGGAUGAGGAGGAGGACGAGGAGGCGCCGCCCGUCCACCAGUACAUCGUGGAUGACUUGAUCCGAGUUGAACCUGUGGUUAAACCCAAGCCGGCCAAGAGGGGGGGAGAGAAGAAUGCUGGCAAGUCAAGAAGGAAGAAAAACAGAGGGAGAAACAAGAAGAAAGGAACUCCCUGUGAAAUGGAAUACAAAAACUUUUGCAUCCAUGGGGAAUGCAUAUACCGAGAACAUCUCCAGAUGGUGACCUGCAAGUGUCAUCAGGAUUUUUUUGGUGAGCGCUGUGGUGAACAGUUCAUGAAGACUCAAAGGAAGAAUGAUGUGGCAGACUACUCAAAGACUGUGUUGGUAGUGGUAGCUGUCCUGCUCUCAAGUGUCAGCUUCGUUACUGUACUUAUCAUUGUGAUAGUGCAGGUCAGGAAAAAGUGUCCUCAGUAUGAAGAGAAAGAAGAAAGGAAAAAACUCCGACAAGAGAGCAGAAAUGGCCAUGUUGGUGUGUAAAUGGGGAGAAAGCAGAACAGUUCUGAAGUGGCCAUUGCCAAGCUGCGGGGUACCUCUGGCUACCUGACACACCUGGACACUGUGGGCUGGAGCUGUUGCCACUCAGCCCUGAUUCAUCAAGAGAGAGGCUGCUGCAAGGAGAUGUCAACAGGCCACUUGCUGCUGAAUCACUUGCUGAGGAGACCAGUUAUCACUGCAUCUCGGCACAACGAUGUGGAAGGAGCUGGCUCUGUGGGGGACAGGACCUGCUGUCACAACCUGCUAGAGACUGCUGCUGAGCCUUUACUCUGUGUGCAGAGCUCUGGUCACGCCUGUUGUGUGGAUGGACUUUGUUCUCUUAGCAAGUCUCCUUUGGCAGCUCUAACUCUAAGGGGGAGAACCUGUUGCUGCUUUGAGGAAUGGAUGGAAGGGAGAAAAUUCCCUUCCUUCCCUCUACCAAAGUGAAAAAGGGAAGAGGUUGGGAUGGCUUCUCUCCCUUGACCUCAGUGGAUGAAAAACCUGGUUCUGUUGUCACCGUGCUCCCUGUCCAUAUUGGCUUCUGAGAGCUUCACCUGUAGUUGUGACUUGCAGGGGGUUGGUGACAGAUCUUUGUCAGCCUCAGCUGGCUUCUGUUACUGUGUGUGUGGAAGUGAUCCCUCCGAGUUCUGUCGGACUCGUGGUGUGAGUGGAGCUAUCCAUUUGCGUGUGUGCUAGCCCAAGUUGAAAUUAGUCUCCUCAGGAUGCUGAGGCAGUAGAUGCAAGACCUGAGGCUUUGCAUCUAAAGGAAAAGAUCCAUGCUCAAACCAACUGAUAAGGCUGGACCCAUCUCUCCUGAAAACAAAGGUACUUCUGUUAAACAGAUACUUGUUGCUGCUUUAAGCAGUGCUUAAAUAUAAAAUGCUUCACAACAGAUCCCAUCCGUUGAACUUGACUAAGAACCUGUUCUUUUGGAGAAUUUAAUUCAGGCACUGAUGCUUUGCAAGCAGUGGUCUCUUGUGCUCUUCCUUCAGGUGUGAAGAACCCAUCUUACCUCAAUCUUUUCUGACCCAGGUGUCCCUGGUUUCUUUACUGUCCAUGCUGUCAUGAGCACAGAGUGUUAUCUGAGUUCAGUUUCUUCUUGGAAGAGUGAUUGUGUUCUGUGUAAACAGAGCAGAGUUCUUCUGGUAGCAGAGAAACACCAUUAAUUGUCAAGUUGUAUCUGUAAAUGUGUAAAUAUUUAUUACUGUAUUUAAUAUUUAAUGUUUCCAUAACAAA